UCCUCGGGGUCGAUUGCACCGAUAGUCUGCUACAAUUCAGUUUAAAUGGAAUAGGCUUAGAGUUGAUGGUCGUACUAAGCCAAGGUCUGCUCUUUAUGGCGCUUAUGACCUUCCGGACGUCCGGCUACUUGCCUUCCGAACGCACCCUGGCGAGCGCGGAAUUGGCCGCCGAGCAAGACGUCGAGGAGGAGAAGAGGCGGGUCAUCGCUGCGCGCCAGCAGGACGGGCUCGCAGGCUACUCGCUACUAGCCUGGAGUCUGCACAAGCGGUUUGGCACCCUGCACGCCGUCCGUGGCAUCUACAUGGCGCUGCGGCCCUCCGAGUGUUUCGGCCUACUCGGCGUGAAUGGGGCUGGCAAGACCACCACGUUUCAGAUGUUGGCCGCGCUUAUCAGUGUCUCGGACGGCGACGCUAUCACCGCGGUGGCCGGACUCCGAGGAAACGUUCGCCGGUGGCAGUCGCAGAUCAGCUACUGCGUCCAACUCGGAGGCCUAUUGGACAAGAUGAACGCGUACGAGUACCUGUACCUGGUCGGUCGGCUGCGAGGCAUUCCUGAAAACGAGUUAAAACGCAUGGUGGACAGCAUCUUAUCCGUCGUCGAUCUCACCGAGCACGCCUCAAUGGAGUGCGGCGUGUACAGCGGAGGCAACCGCCGAAAGUUGUCCAUCGCUGCCGCUCUGCUGGGGCUACAGCCGUUCGUGUUUCUGGACGAGCCGUACGCUGGCGUGGACGUCGUGUCUCGCAACAAGAUCUUCCGAGCCGUCGCAGAGAUCAAGAAGCGCUCGCGGACGACGUUCGUGCUUACGUCACACAACAUGGACGAAUGCGAGUUUUCUUGUGACCGGCUAACCAUUAUGGUCAACGGCCAAAUGAUGUGCCUGGGGACACUGCAACACCUUCGGGAGAAGUUCGGUCAGGGCUACCGACUCGAGUUCUUCUUCAAACCUACUGCUGCUGUAGACGAAGUCAAGCUCAAGCAAGCUGUGGGGAAACUGUUUCCCGGCAUUCAACUCAAGGACGCCCAGAAGAACGUGCUUAGCUACCACUUGAUGCAGCGAAUUCCGUGGAGCAAGCUGUUCACCAAGGUGGGGUACCUCCAGAAAAAUUUCCCCCUCGAAUACGCCCUCGUCGGCGAGAACACCCUCCAGGACAUCUUCUUGAACUUCGCCAAAGCACAAGAAGGUCACCCUCUUCCGGGCGAUGCCGUUGGGAUAGACGUUGGCUCAGCCUCCGACACAAGUGCUCCUGUGACUUUGUCGGCAACUAGGACAGCUACCAUGUAA